UCUCCCAUUGGAGCUCCCCUAAAAAUCUAUUUUCUCCCCGGUACACCCCACGGAGCUGGUUUGAUUCCCGUUGUGCAUGCCUCGGGGGGCCCGAUCAUGGACAUUGUGACGCCAUUAGAUGGUAAACCUACUGGAAAGGUGGUAGUGAUGCAGGGCCCCGAUCUUACCGGAGCCGCUCAGGCACUUCGAAAUAGAUCACCUGUGAAACCGCGGCGUGGUCAACGAUUGGGUUUUCUAGCAACAACGGCAGAGGAGUUUGCCUCACAGCUCUAUGCAGCGCUCUCCCUUUCUCAGAACGAGUCGAUGGCGAUGCGUGAUCGGGCAAGGAGAAAGAGCCGCGAGUUCUCUACAGAGGAGUUUGAGAAAGGGUUCAGGGCUCUAUGGGAAGCUAUCCAAAAGUCGUAG